UUGGUGAGAAUGUGAACGGAAGAGCAAACAGUUGAAAAAAGAGAAGAAGAGAGAGCCCACAACCAUUUGGCCUCUUUGAAAACAAACACAGUUCCAUCCUAUCACUCAUCAAUGUUCUCUUCAUCUUUUAUGUUCAAAUACAAAGCCCGCCCCUUCUAUUUCACCUACCUUUCUUUCUUCUUCUUCUUCUAUAAACAAAUCUUCUUUUUCAUCAUCAUCUCUUAUUAGACUUUCUACUAUUUGUCUUUCUCUUUAAUGAUGAAACUGAAACUAGCAUUGCAUUUCUCAUUCUAAUCCUCGUCAUGAAUUUCUUCACUUCUUUUACUUCUUCACCUUCAUUGUCAUCUUCUUCUACUACUGAUGCUUUGGAAGUGAAUGUGAGUGACACUGGAAUGGGUUGUCUCACUGGUAUCAUGAGUCGCCUUCUUUGCCAUAAUGCUGCAAGGGAAGCAAUAAGAGAAGCUAAACAAGUAAGUAGAGAAUUAUGCAAUGAGGCCGAGAAAAAGCCGGCACCGAGCCCCGGUCUAGUGGCAAGACUCAUGGGAUUGGAUUCAAUGCCUGUGUUUCCUUACACUCCUCCCAGUUCAAUGGGAAGAAGUAGGUCUACUAGUUCUCUUGAGAGCUGGCCUUUGUUCCUUUCUGGUGAGAGAUGUAAUGAAAAAGUGAAGAUGAGGACUUCAGUGUCCUUCCGUGAAGCACCCACUUUCUUGAGGCAGGAGAAUGAGGACUUCUUGUUGCUCACUUUCACUUCUGAACCAAGUGAAGAGAAAGACAUGAAGGAGCUCAAACAAGUUAAGGAGAUGAGAAGGGAGAAAGUAAACAGAAGAGAAGAGAAGAAGAACAAACACAAAGGAAGACAAAUUAAUGAAGAGUUGUUGUCAUCAAAACACAAACAGAGAGUGAGAAGGAAGGCUGUGGAGUCUGUGAGAACAGUGAAGAAGAUGGAGGUGGAAGUGGAUUUCAAUUCCCAGAAUUCAAGCCCAGAUUCAGUUCUUGAUAAUGCAUUUGGAAUUGAUAACCAGUGCUAUGAUAAGAAACUGGUGAAAAGGAGAUCAAGGAAAAAGUUAUCAUCAGAGUUGGACUGUCUUCAGCUUUCUACUCCAAAGAUUAAAUUCAAUGUAGUUGUGGAUGAUGGAGGAUUGAUAUCACAGAGUGAAGACAGGGAUAGAAAUUAUAGAAUGAAGAAGCAUGAAAAGCCAAGAAAUGGUUCCCCUGAAUUAUGGGAACUCGUUUGCAGGUUUGCAGAUGAGGAUGUGAAGAGAUCCAAUUGGUUUUCCACAGAAAAAUGCAAGUCUGAAGAUGCUGAAGAAAUUGUAUUUAUUACUGCCCUUCAUAUACUUGAUUGUCUACUUCAUGAGGUUGUCAAUGAGUUGUAUCUCAACUAGAAAUUGUAUAUAGAUAUCCAAGUGUUUCUUACUUUCUCUGUGAAAAUUUGCAAAUUAGUA